AUGAACCUCCGGGAGGAAGACCAAGGGAUUUACCAAGGCAAGGUCCGGGACAUGAUCAGUGACAACCAGUGCCGGCUCCUCGUCAACAUCAACGACCUGCGGCGGAAGAACGAGAGGAGAGCCAACAGGCUCCUGAGCCAUGCCUUUGAGGAGCUGAUGGCCUUCCAGCGGGCCCUGAAGGAUUUCGUUGCCUCCGUGGACGCCACCUACGCCAAGCAGUACGAGGACUUCUACAUCGGGCUGGAGGGCAGCUUUGGCUCCAAGCACGUGUCCCCACGGACACUGACGGCCUCUUUCCUCAGCUGCAUCGUCUGCGUGGAGGGCAUCGUGACAAAGUGCUCUCUGGUUCGUCCAAAGAUCGUCCGGAGUGUCCAUUAUUGCCCAGCCACCAAGAAGACAAUUGAGCGCCGAUACACGGACAUGACCUCCCUGGAUGCCUUCCCAUCCAGUGCCAUCUACCCUACAAAGGAUGAAGAGAACAACCCCCUGGAGACAGAGUUUGGCCUCUCAGUCUACAAGGACCACCAGACCAUCACCAUCCAGGAGAUGCCCGAGAAGGCCCCGGCGGGGCAGCUGCCACGCUCGGUGGAUGUGGUUCUGGAUGAUGACCUGGUGGACAAAGUGAAGCCUGGGGACCGUAUCCAGGUGGUGGGGACAUACCGCUGCCUGCCAGGGAAGAAAGGGGGAUACACCUCGGGGACUUUCAGGACUAUCCUCAUCGCCUGCCACGUGAAGCAGAUGAGCAAAGACGUGCGGCCUCUCUACUCUGCUGCUGAUGUGGCCAAGAUCAAGAGAUUCAGCAAGAGCCGCUCCAAGGAUAUCUUUGACCAGUUGGCCAGAUCUCUGGCUCCCAGCAUCCAUGGGCACGAGUACAUCAAGAAGGCCAUUCUCUGCAUGCUGCUUGGAGGGGUGGAGAAGAUCCUGGAGAACGGGAGCCGCAUCCGAGGAGACAUCAACAUCUUGCUGAUAGGAGACCCUUCUGUGGCCAAGUCCCAGCUGCUGCGGUACGUGCUCAGCACAGCACCCCGGGCCAUCCCCACCACGGGCAGGGGCUCCUCCGGCGUUGGCCUGACUGCUGCUGUCACCACGGACCCUGAGACCGGUGAGCGGCGCCUGGAGGCGGGAGCCAUGGUGUUGGCCGACCGGGGCGUGGUGUGCAUCGACGAGUUCGACAAGAUGUCCGACAUCGACCGCACGGCCAUCCACGAGGUGAUGGAGCAGGGCCGUGUCACCAUCGCCAAGGCCGGGAUCCAGGCCCGGCUCAACUCCCGCUGCAGCGUCCUGGCCGCUGCCAACCCCGUCUACGGCCGGUACGACCAGUACAAGACGCCCAUGGAGAACAUCGGCCUGCAGGACUCUCUGCUCUCCCGCUUCGACCUGCUCUUCAUCGUGCUGGACCAGAUGGACCCCGAGCAGGACAGGGAGAUCUCGGACCACGUCCUGCGGAUGCACCGCUACCGCAACCCCAACGAGCAGGACGGGGAUGCCAUGCCUUUGGGCAGCGCUGUGGAGAUCCUGGCCACGGAUGACCCCGACUUCACGCAGGAGGAGGAGCAGGAGCUCCAGGUGUAUGAGAAACACGAUGACCUCCUGCACGGGCCCAACCGCCGCAAGGAGAAGAUCGUCAGCAUGCAGUUCAUGAGGAAGUACAUCCAUGUAGCCAAGAUGAUCAAGCCCGUGCUGACCGAGGAGGCGGCGAGUUACAUCGCGGAGGAGUAUUCCCGCCUGCGCAGCCAGAGCCAGAUGAACUCGGACAUCGCCAGGACCUCCCCCAUCACGGCCCGGACCCUGGAGACCCUGAUCCGCCUCUCCACAGCCCAUGCCAAGGCCAGGAUGAACAAGACUGUGGAUCUGCAGGAUGCUGAGGCAGCUUUGGAGCUGGUGCAGUUCGCCUACUUCAAAAAGGUGCUGGAGAAGGAGAAGAAGCGCAGAAAGCCGGUGGAGGAGGACUCAGAGACUGAGAAGGAGGAGGAUGAGGAGUCACAGCCCAAGGAGGAGCGCAGGACGAGGAGGAGGAAGAAGGCACGCACGGAAGGCGAAGAAGGCUCCUACGACCCCUACGACUUCAGUGACGCCGAGGAGGAGAUGCCACAGGUUCAGGCACACACUCCAAAGACACCCGAAGCCUCGGCCACUGGGGAAGAGAAGAAGGUGGAGUUGGCUGAGCCAAGGUUGAAAGCGUUCAAGGCUGCUCUCCUGGAGGUCUUCAAAGCUUCCCACGCCCAGUCUGUGGGUCUGAAGAAUGUGAUGGAGUCCAUCAACCGCGACAACCCCGAGCCCUUCUCGCUGGCUGAGGUGAAGGGGGCCUUGGCCCACAUGCAGGAUGACAACCAGAUCAUGGUGUCUGAUGACAUUAUCUUCUUAAUCUGAGCCUCUGGGUGGAAGAUCCCAAGUUUUUGUGGACUCUCAGUCUGGAGACUCUCUGUGUUUGCCUUCAGCUCUCUCCUGAAUCCUUCAUCUGGCUGAGCUGGACUUAGGCGAGCUCAAGUCUCUGCACUUCCUUUCUGUGCACUGCUGGCACAAAAGAAAAACUAGGAGCUCUGGAAGCUGUUAACUGUCUUCAAAGUGGAGCAUUUGGGAAGAGGCUUGUUUCUGCAAGGAGAUGAAAGGAAAAACCUAAGAGCAAACUAUCAAUGUUCUUAAUGUAUUGGUUUUAGCUUUGGUGGCUUUUUGGUGGAUUUUUUUUUUUUAAUGAAAAAAUCUGGAUUUAGGAAUCCAACAUUUAGUAGUGGUGGUGAGAAGCAAUGUGAGAGCUCCACUAGUAGUGAAGCUUUUAUUUUUCCCUUUUCUUCCCCAAUUGCAUAGGCUAGAUCUGCUUGUCUCACAAGGAAAGAUGCCUAAUGCCUGUCUUGUUGGUUCUACUUUUCCCACCCAUCUUGUGGAGGAUGAUUCCUAGUGCU